CAAAUUCUGUGCAGAGCACUGCCAGAGUUCAACUUCCCUGGAAGACCCGCCCGCUGUUCUGAAAUUAGGGCCUUUUCGUUUUCAGUGUGGUACGGAUGUGGUGUGGUGAGGCGAAGGCAUGGCGUAGCUGCUCAAGGCCAGAUCUGCGUUAGAGUUCUGAUGUUUAAGAAUGGCGCGUUGGGGCGAUCCCUGUAUUUGGUAACUUGCUUGGUGAGCCCCCGUGAGAACUGUCAGGCAACACUUACACCAUAGAGUAUUACCCUCUUUGAUCCAGGGUGUUUCUUGCUGGGCCAAAGUAUUCUAUCUAGUGCACAACAAAUAAGAUUUAAAUCUGUUCACCUGAGCUGGUUUUGUAAUUAUUCUGCAUAUGAAAGCUGAUUUCCUGUCAAUAGGGUGAUAAGAAGGCUACAUGCAAAUAACUGUGUGCUACUGAAUGUAAAAUGAUGUGUGCUAUUGACUAGAGUACUUUAGGGCAACCUUUUCCAAGCGUGCGUGUGUGUUGUUUUGAUUUUGGACAAAGGCUUGGGAAGUAUCUUCACAAGAAUACAGAAAUUAAGGAGGGAGAUGGAAAGAAGUGGAUUAGAAAAGAGAGCAUGGUGCAGUUCUCUUACAAUUGUAGUGUAUGCUGUGACACCAUUGGUUCUAUCAUUUAUGUCAGCUGCAGAGAAGUGGGUAGGCAGCAUUGGCACAGACUGAAAUUGGGUGCCAGGUACUGCUCCCAUGGCUGCAAUUUACUCAGGUAUUCAUUUGAAGCUGAAAAGUGUGAAGACAUCUUGGGAGGACAAACUCAAGUUAGCUCAGUUUGCAUGGGUUUCUCAUCAGUGUUUUCUUCCAAACAAAGAACAAGUCUUACUGGAUUGGGUGAGUCAUAGUCUGGUUUCCUGUUACAACAAGAAGCUUGAAUUGCCAGAUGAAAUAAUUGAAAAACUUUGGAUAUACCUGGACAACAUCGUUCAUAGCAAAAAACUACAGAGUUUGUUCAAGGACGGAAAAACAGUUACUCUACGUUUUUCAAUUGCACAGGUCAUCAAUGAACAGCUUUCCAUUUCUUAUACUCAAAGAACAUUGAAGAAUGUGAGCUCAGUGCUAAGCUGCUGUGGUGGUAUCCUUUCCCUUCCUCCCCUCUCCCUCGUUUAUACUGCAAAAUUUGAGCUGUUGGUGGAUCUUCUAAGUAAGUUGUCCUGGCUAGCAUGUUGGCAGUUGUCAUCCGAAGAUGCAGUGUCUUCCCAGUUGCUUGACAUCCUCCAGUUAACUCUUGGCCAGUACCUUCGGAUUCAGAGGCAGCAAGCCAAUGCCAAUCGUGUAUUUGGACAAGUGACCAAACACCUGCUCCAGCCAUGCCUGCUCCUGAGACAUUUGCUCGCCACUGGGAUGAGGGUGCCAGCAGAAGGUGGCAGCCAACACCAACAUCAAAGCAGGGAGAUUCGCAACCACAUCGAGGCAUUGUUGAGGGCUGCUGUUUUCCAGCCAGAGCUCUUGUCAUCAUACAGAGAGGAGCUGCUACCAGAAAAGGAGCCCGCCAACAUCAAGAAGGGGGCCUUGAAAAAUACUCUGCUGCCAGCCAGCACAAUCCAGGCUGCGUUAGGGGAUAUGAGUUUUCGUCAGCCAGCGCUUCAUGAGAAAGCAGUAGCCAGUUCAGUGCCUCUGCUCUUUAAGCUUUUUUUAGAAUCUUACAGUAAGGCUGAAAAUCACCUGCUGUGUUUUCACAUGCUCACCAGGCUCUUUGGGUGCCUUGGGAUUUCUCACCUGCAAGAGGAUCUCUGGAACAGCCACCUUUCUCCAUCACAGUGGAGCUCCGAGCUCCUAGCAGUGGAGCAACUGCUGAACUCAGUGCUGAGUACUGGCAUCUAUAAUGUUGCAGCUGAUAAGAUUCGGCACAAGGAGAUCCAGUUUCGCUUUUACCGCCAGUUGGCCCAAGUGCUGCUGAAUCAGUCUCAGGUGGCCAUCCCUGCUUGGUUUCGGUGUCUGAAGUCCUUGAUCUCAUUGAACCACCUCAUUGUGGAGCCUGAUUUGGAUGAUUUAGUGGCCUCUGUUUGGAUUGAUGCAGCGGUCUCCGAGCCACGCACAAAAAAGGCCCAGGAGGCUCUUGUUGGCACUGUCUUCCACACUUACGCCAAGCUGCGGCAGUUCCAAAGGCUCUUUGAAGAGGUCCUGUCUGUCAUCUGUCGUCCUGCUGUGGAAGAACUAAGACUGCCAGUUCUGCCAGUCAGUAUCAGGGCCAAGCUUUGUGAGUGCCUUCUAGAGCUGCCACCCAAUCAGAUCCUGGACAUUGUCUCUGUCAUCUUGGAGAAAUGUCAGACUUUCAUUAUUCCGGAUGUCAAAGGAGAUUCUGAGAUGGCAUUGAAACUUCACUCCAUGAGCACAUUGUUGCAUUCUGUUCUGUUCCACAUGAGGACCUUGGAUGAUUCCAGCCCACUGCCUGUUGUCCAUCGGACUCAGAGGCUGCUGGAAACAAUGCAGAGAGAGGUUAUCCAAGUGUUGUUCAACCUGCUGAAGGACUGCCAUCCAGGAGAAGCCAAACUGGAACUUUGGACUGAGAAAGUUGGGGACUCAGCCCUUCUCCUUGCUUGUACUUGGGUAGCAACCGAUACUCUGUUUGGUUUAAAUUGCAAGCAGUAUGUCUCCCCACUAGCCAAAACUGCCUUUGCUCUUGCUGAUUCCCCCAUCAACCAGUGGGACUUCUCAGCCAUUCUCCCUGGUUUGGAUGCACAGUGCUGGGAGCAGAUAACAAAUCUCCUGCGCUGCUCUUGGUCAGCAAGUAGAUACUGCACAGAAUGGCUGGUGCUCCAGAAAAUGAAGAAGAUGUUGAUGCACACCAGCUCUCAGGCCGAGCUGUUCCAUCAGGUUUUGCAGCAGGCUGUAGCUUUCAUCCUUCAGUCUGGGCAGUCCCGCAAGAAUGGAGAGGAGCCUGAACCCUGGGAUGGAAGUGCAAGUACCGUAACUAGUCUGGCUUACCCAACUGCGCAUUGGCACCUAAUAGUCACCAACCUUCCAGUCCUUUUCCCCUACCUUUCUCUUGGGGAUGCCCUGUAUGUUGCAGAUGUAUUCCUGAAGGCCUUGUUGGCAAAACAGACGCAGGAAACUUCUGGGGAUGAUGAAGAUGACGACGACAACAACGACAAUGAUAGCAACACUUCCUUAAUCACAAUUGGAAGAGUGUCUAAAGACUUGCUGCACAGUUCUCACUUCCCAGAAAUGCGAGUGCUGCACUCCUCUUUCCUAAGCCGUAUAAUUCAGCAGUGUGCUGAUGAGCUCUUCGCUGUAGUUCAGGAUGCUGCUGAUCAGCCUCUCCAGCAGCUGUCAGCGGAAGAUACGCCAUGGUGUGAGGCUGUGGCUGCUGGCCACUCUGCCAACAUAGGGCCCAGUGAUGAAUCUUUGAUGUGCUGGACAGUGCUGGAGAAUGUUGCUCAGAGUAUCCUAUCAUUAGUGAGAGAGAGAGAGUAUGUUAGCUUGGAAGAAGAACAUAUCAAAAGGCUUUUGGAUUUGCUAGAGGUAAUUUCAGCAUUGAGGCUGGACAGCCUCUUUCCUUUGGAUCACACUCGGUGCUUCCUUUUGCUCUUGUCUUUGGCUGUCAAUACCAGAGCAAGUGUCGCUUGCAGUGUGGUCUUGUCUUCAAAAUUUCUGGCGAAAUGCUUCCACCUCCUUGCUUGCCUUCAGACAGGCCGAAAUGCAAACGCAUCCUUCAAGGUCUUGCAUGCCAGCGAUGUCCUUGAAGCUGUUCUCACCUCCAUGUUCACAGUCUGCAAGACUUUGGCCAGUGAUGCAAUGGCUGCUUCCUGGGAUGAAUUGGUUAAUGGGAUCCAGAUCUUUUUGGAACACUACCUUCAGAUCAUUCUUGAGAGGAGGCAGAGUACAAAACGCAACCUGGAAAAGUUCAUGUCUUUCCUAGCAAUGUGCCAGCCGCAGGCAGUCAGUUGGAGCCCAGCAGCCGACCAGGUUCUUUUAGUGGCGCUAACUGCACAGUGUCAUGCUCUGACCUUACACCUCCAGCAGCAGCAGGGAAAACAGCACGUUACUGAAACGUUGCUUGCUUUGCUUGAACAGGCAGUGACCCAGGCAGGAGCAACUGUCCAGUUCUGCCUUAGAAACAGCAUGAAAGGCCGACCGUUGCCUCUGGCAUUUAUUCCAUGCAUAAGCACCCUCUUGAAAGCAGAUUCUUCUUGUGCACAUUCAGCUGGCCUUGGGACUUCGGAGCAUGAACCCAGAAGACCAAUGGAUCCCAGCACAUGCCAUCACAUUUCUCAUGCUCAGUUGUACCAAAGGUUUUUCAUUCAGAUAUUGAGAGAACUUGAUCUGGCCAAGGGCAACAUCCAGUUCCUUCAUUCUGCACUGCAGUUCUUAACUGUCUUCUGUUCCAUGCCAGAGUUAUAUCCUGCACAGGCCAAUUCAGUUGCUGUAUUUUGCACUAUCAAAAAACUUCUUGCAGCUCCAGGAGUCACAGUCCAAUUGAUCCAAGAGCUGGAGGUGCAGCUGACAGAAUUGGCUACACACUUGGUGGAGCACUGUACCACUGAUGAUUUCUGUGCCAUGUUGAAACUGGUGCUGGAGGGACUAGAUAUUGGCAACCUCUGGAAACACAAACUGGAAGAAGCACUGUCGGCUGUUACUUUGGUCAAAGUGCUGCUUGGCUGCCCAUUAAAUGGGGAGAAAGGGAAAGCAUUCUGGUUUUCCAGUCCCCGAAUAAUCAUGGCUUUCAUUAUGCAAACCAGAGAGGCUUCUCAAGAUCCGGCGCGGCUUUCCAUCCUCACUGUGCCUAUAUUGGAGGCAGUGGCAAUCCUCAUACGGCGAGGAGAAGGGGCUCUCUCUAAUCCUCAUCACGUUGCCCUUGUUUUCAACAUUCUCCUGACUGCCCCCCUUGACCAGAGGGACUACGGGCACAUCUUCCUGGGCAUUCAUGAAGUUCUCUUUUCCAUUCUGCAGUGUCACCCUAAGGUGAUGCUAAAAGCAGCUCCAUCCUUCCUGAACAGUUUCCAUAGACUGGUUAUUUCAGUUAUGCAUGAAGGCAGACAGAAAGGAGACAGGGGCAUCACAGAUGAUUUUGAAGUUAUACUGAAGUGUGCCCAACUGGUGGAACGGAUGUACAGUUACAUUGCUGCAAAAACAGAAGAAUUCACUGUAUUAUCCUCCUUCAUUGUGGCCCAGUAUGUGAUAGAACUGCAAAAGGUGACUUUGCACCCAGCUGUGAAAAAACAUCUAACAGAAGGAAUUUAUCACAUCCUAGAUCUUUGCAUUGAACGUGAUAUCAAAUUCUUAAAUGCCUCUCUCCCAGUGGGGGUGAGAGAAGUCUUGAAGGAGCUGUAUCGUGAUUAUACACAUUAUCACAAAGAACUGAAGCAGGGGGAUGAAAAAUACACUGCAUGAAUAGCAUUUCCUAUGGUUUUAGGAACUUGUGGAGGAGUAGGGCCUUUCCAUAUGACAAGCUCCCAAGUUCAUAAGGGUUUCUGUGGUGGGUUUGGGAAUUGAGCUUGAAGACCUAUGCUUUCCUCAGGACUGCAGACAAGAUCUCCUCCCGCUUCCCCUUUCUGGAAUAUGUUUGUGUUCACCAACCGGUGGUGUAGAGGAACCAGCGUUAACAAGGGUUAUAGCAUUAGCACUUUCUUACUAGCCAGAGUGCUGACAUCACCUGUGAUCCAUCUCAGACUUCCCUGUUCCAUCUGAGUUUAGCUGUGGUCAUAAAAGGAGCUGGGGGGAAAUGAAUAUUCCCAGGAACUAUGUAUUGUUCCGUGUUUGUAAAGUAUUUGGGGAUGGCUUGCUCUUUAAUGGGCAAUUAAGACCCAUUAGAUUUACAAACCACCGUUUCUGGUGGAGAUGCAAAGCACUAGAAUUGGUUUGUUUGUUGAUAGGUAUCGAAAAUUGCUGCCCACAAUUUUGAAUUCUCCUUGGGGGUGUGGUUAUAGAGGGACUUGGGAUGAGUGCCUACCAUUCAAAAUUUACCAGUGCACACAGGUAGAGACUAGUUUCAUGAAACCUAGUCAAUAUACCUGGUCCAUAUUUGGAUCUCCCUUCAUACAUUGCUGAGGAUUUUCCUUUUUGCCUGUACAAGAAGAGUUAUUGAGUCAGAAAACUCAAGAAAGGAGGGAGCUUUUGUUUUGCUGCAUAUGGGAAUCCUUCCUGUCAAAGAAUAUUAAAAAGAUAUAAAAUUAUGAUAUAUACUCUUUCCACAAGUUUUGUACUGUAACUGUAAGAUACUGUUAAUUAUUAAACCAAAGAAUUUUUUAUUGAAAAUGGAGUUGUUGCUUCUAUGCAUUAAACCCAGAAUGGGGAACCUAUUUCAAGGGUCUAAUUCAGUUUGGCCAGGUGGUGUGGCCAAAUAUAUAAGUAUAUUUUAGCUUAACAGUCUUUCUCCCAUCUUACUGCAAUACCUCAGCCUUAGGAAAUGCAUUCCACUUUUUAGAUGGGGAAAAGCUACCCCCGCAACAAGCCAGGAAACUUUGCUGUGUGAGCAGAGGGUGGCUCUUCCAAGGUACCUCCUCUGAGGGAGGCUUGGAUGGUGACCACAAGGAAGAGGGGCUUUAUUGGUGGUAGCCCCCCAAUUCUGAAAUUAUCUCUCCAGCAUGACCCACCUGCACCAACACUGUUAUCUCUUUGGUGCCAGGUUCAGACCUCCUCCUCUCAGGCAUUUGACAGUAUAUGAUGUUUUUAAUCAGGUCUUAAAUUUGUUCUUGUUGAUUAAACUUGUUUUUAGAUGUGU